AUGUCGAUAAUCGCUUUUGCUGCCCUCGUGGCUUUUUCUGUUGCUGCCCCAGCUAGGAAAAAAGAAGAAGAAAAUGUGGUUGUUGUAAAGGAACUUUUGCACGACAAUAUUGGCUUGGACAGCUAUCAGUAUCAUUAUGGUUUAUCCGAUGGACAAAAGAGGGAAGAAUCUGCAAAAUUAUAUGUUAUUGAUGAGAAACAUUCUGCUCUGGUCGUCAAAGGAAGCUACUCGUGGGUUGACCCAGCAACCAAACAGGAAUACGCCGUCAACUACAUCGCUGAUGAGAAUGGAUACCGUCCCAUAGGAUCCCACAUUCCGUCUGCCUAA